AUCAAGUUGGCUUAAUUGGUAGACCGGACGCAACCUCUGAUUUCCACCUUCCUAUAUUUGCCGCAACCCUAAAAUAUAUUUGAUUCGUUAGUCAUCUCCAUCUCAAAUUAAAUACUGAUUACACCAAUUCAGAUUCACACUCACCUAACCGAGUCGGUCAGAAAAUCUACCUAUCAUCAAAUCUCCAAGUCACAUUAAUUUAAUCCAAAAAAAUACUAAGAAUUGCAAGGUGUUGGAGACUAAUACAGUAUUAAUUUAAUGCUAACAACAUUGAAUUUCAAAGCUUAAUCUUCGUUAUAUAUAUGUUUGUUUCUCCACUUGUCGCUCGAAUUGGAUCCAGUUCAAUCCGAAGCUUGUCAAAUUUCAUACCCAGGUGCUCAAAGCAAUUGCUCAUGGCCCAACCACCGAUCCUUGCGUUAGCACUGCCAUCGGACACCGGUCGUGUCCUCAGCAUUCAGUCUCAUACUGUUCAGGGAUAUGUGGGCAACAAGUCAGCAGUAUUCCCCCUCCAACUGUUGGGCUAUGAUGUGGACCCAAUCAAUUCUGUACAGUUCUCAAAUCACACAGGAUACCCAACCUUUAAGGGCCAGGUUUUAAAUGGAGAACAAUUGUGGGAAUUAAUAGAAGGUCUUGAAGCCAAUGAUCUAUUAUAUUAUACUCAUCUGCUGACAGGUUAUAUUGGUUCGGUCUCCUUUUUGAACACAGUACUGAAAGUCGUUGAUAAACUUCGGUCUGUCAACCCCAAACUUAAAUAUGUUUGUGAUCCUGUGAUGGGUGAUGAAGGUAAGCUAUAUGUCCCUCCAGAACUGGUGGCAGUAUACCGUGAGAAGGUUGUCCCUGUUGCUUCAAUGCUGACGCCUAACCAGUUUGAAGCAGAGCAGUUGACCGGGUCCAGUAUCACUUCUGAAAAAGAUGGGCAAGAAGCUUGCAACAUGCUGCAUGCUGCUGGGCCAUCAAAGGUUGUUAUUACUAGCAUAAACAUUGAUGGCACUCUUCUCCUUAUUGGCAGUCACCAGAAAGAAAAGGGUCAAUCUCCUGAGCAAUUCAAGAUUGUGAUACCGAAAAUUCCUGCAUAUUUCACGGGAACGGGGGAUUUAACGACUGCUUUGUUGCUUGGAUGGAGCAAUAAAUAUCCCAAUGACCUCGACAAAGCGGCAGAGCUUGCUGUCUCAAGCGUACAGGCACUUUUAUUGAGGACACUGGCAGAUUAUCAAAAGUCUGGCUAUGACUGCCAAUCAAGCAGUUUGGAAAUCCGGUUGAUCCAGAGCCUAGAUGACAUCCGCAACCCAGAAGUUAAAUAUAGAGCUAAAAGAUACAACUAAAAUUCUGUUGUUGUCUGGUCCAUUUAUUCCUUUAGGAUAGUGUCAGUAUAAUAUGAAAGAGUUUCAUUUGUACACAAUGUAGAGUGGACCCAUUUAGCUCUUGUUUUAACUUGUAAUCAGACGGCAACAGAUAAUACUGAGGAGCAUUUUGGGAAAAGAGGGUGUGGCCUGUGGCUGAAGGCUGUGUGGCAGUUCUCUUCCCUUUGCUUUCAUUUGUUUGUCUUUA